UGUGUUUGGCCAUAUUCUCUUUGUGAAGGACACUUUGUGUCCAGGGCCAGGUUCACCUUCACUGCUCAUACAGGGAGAGGCAGAGCGAGGAGCACGGGAGAGAAAGAAAAGAGGUACUGUAAAGAGAGGUGAGACAGGGAGAUUAAGAGAGCGUGAGAAAAGUAAUUGAGAGAGACAGACAGUGAAAGGUGACAGGGGACAGAGAGAGAGAGAGACGUGUGUCCUUCAUGCUCAUCUUGAGGGCCUGUGGAGUAUAACCCUUUCUUCAAAGACAAACGUGUUGGUCAGGGGUUCACCAUGGCAACCAAGACGCUGAUGACACGGGUCCAGGAAGAGCAGUCCCACCAGAUGUCCCACAGCAUGGCACUGGCCUCGCAGAUCAAGAAGAAARCCUUCACCUCCAGUGAUGAGGAGGCUUCCUACUCUGAGUUCUAUCCCAUCAUUCCCGGUGAUGUGAUGUCGGUCAAGGAGAUCCUGAACAUCGGCAAAUUCCCACGGCACAGGACAUGGGAUGUCCUGAAGGAGACCAUGGCAGCAGAUGAACAGGGUCUGAGAACUGGAGAGAAGUGGACCCUGUUUGGAAAUGAGGCUGAGAAAGUGGAGGUGGAGGUGCUCAGGGAACAGCGUUAUGUCCGCCAACGCUGUGACCGCAUGGCCUUGCGUAGGCAGGCUGAGCAGAAGGCUUCCAUCCAUUUGAAGUAUCUGGAGGACCUGAGUCAAAAGGCCCCAGACUUCCCUAUCCCACUGAGAGCCCACAUGGUGUGGGAGGGCAUGGGGGUCAAACUCUCCUGCACCAUCCAGGGAUGCCCACCCCCUAGGGCCACCUGGUAUAAGGACGGAGUACCCCUGAGUGCCUAUGGCCAGGCUUGGAACUACAGUCUGAAGCAGACGUUUGGCCUCAACACGCUGGAAAUCAGAAGCUUUGGCUUCAGCCUGGGCCAAGAUGGUGGCAACAAACACAUGAGUCAUUACCUUCCCCAUCCCCAGAUGCUCUGUUGA